UCGAGCCGCUAGAGCGGAGCGCGCAGCAGCCGCGGGGCGAAGCGCAAUGAGUCAGAGCCGCCAGAGCGUCGGCGGCGUCGGUCCAGCCCAGUGUGUCUCCUCCACCGAGUAUCGGCGGAUGCGCAGCUCGGCGUGAGCCAGACUCGAGUCCCACCGCCGCGACGCUCGGACGGCAGAAAGCGGUGAUGCAGCGUCGCUGCACUAAGUGAGUGGUGGUGGCAAUGAGCGUGUGAAAGGCGGGAAGUAGUGCUGCUCGGUGUUGCAGCGUCGUCUCCAGGCGAUGUUGUGUUCCGGCGCCCUGUGGCGUGCGCUCUGCGCUUGGCUCUCCCUGGGCUUCGCCGCCUCCCCUGUCCGCGCCAAGGAGAUCAACGAGCUCGACUCGAAAGAGACGUCGGAACAACAGUGGCCACUGGGUCCCCCGCGCGAGGUGACCAUCGACACCAUUGCCGAGCACUCGUUCACGUUGCGCUGGAAGCCGCCGCGACCGAACCCCAACAAGCACGUCAAGCUGCAAGGGUACAUGCUCACCUACGCACCCACCGGCAAGGCUGCCUUCGGCGAGGAGAAGGCGCUGAUGCUGCCGGCGGUAAUCCAGUCCAAGCUGGUGACUCGGCUGCGCGAGGGUACCGAGUACGCCGUGGUCCUGUCGGCCGUCUACCCCAACGUGCAGACGGCAGCCGCACCCAAGCUCGCCGUCCGCACCGCACUGCCCGUCGCCGAACUGCCUGUCGGCGAUGACUCCUACCUGGACAAUAAGAUCCAGUGCAACUGCAGCGAGGAAGGCAUGGUGGCGUGCACGCGGUCGGCGCUGCAGGACGUGGCGUGCAGCUGCUUCCCGAGCUACGUGGGCCGCUGGUGCGAGUCGUGCGCCAGCGGCUUCUUCCGGGUGGGCAAGCGGUGUGCCGCCUGCCCCUGCAGCAACGCCACAUCUACGGGAGAGUGCGAGGCGGGCACUGGAAGCGAGAGCGUCUCCUGUCGCUCCUGCCUGCCGGGCCACCGGGGUCCCCUGUGCUCGGCCUGCGCGGCGGGCUACCACUGGAAGGGCGAGCGCUGCGAGCCCAUCAGCUGCCUCAGCUUCGCCAUGUGCGCCCGCGAGCCCGACAAUCCGGGCUGCCGGGACUGCCACCUCGUCCAGAACAGCCUGCCACCGGUCGCUCAAAAGAGCUCGGAGAGCGGCCUGACGUCCGGUGCAGUGGCGCUAGUGUCGGUACUGGCGACCCUAUGCUUCCUGCUGGUUGUGGCCGGCGGCGCCACCUGGUACCGGUACCGGCUUAGGCGGCGGUCAAGAGCCGGCCUGCCGUUCUGGAGCAUCGAACUUCGAGAAGACAAACCAGCUCCAGCGGCGGACUACCAGCACCUUGAGGCCGCCUCGAGUAAGCUCGUCGUUCAGGACGAAGAAGCGGCGCGGCUCGAUAAGUGCUCGCCCGUUCCGCCGCAGAGGCCGUGCACGGGAGGGACGCCUGAGCUGUCGCAGUGCCCGAACGGCGGACUGUGCCAGUGAGACACCUUGGGACACUCGUGGACACACCGGAUGUGCUUAACCGGACUUCGCGUGAUGAUCUGCUGUCGUUGUUCUCCAUUUCGCAUUAUUAUUGUGCUAUAUCUUUCUUAAAGGUAAAUACUCUUGGGCAUUCUCGGAAAUUUUCUGUGAGCCCUGUAAGGAGGAUAAAAACACGGGUGCCAGCCAACAGAAUAAGGAUCUCAGCGUAAGAAAACUAGAGUGGCAUGAAGGCUUUAGGUCCAAUCAGUCUCAUCUCAUGUAACCCAUUCGAAUGAACCCAAAACCCUUCGUCCAGUAAUCUAUCAAGUUUAAUACCAACUUCGCAAAAUACCUAAUGCAAGUAAGGAGGUAUCUUGAGCGACAGCAUAUGUAACAACUCGCUUAAGGCGAAAAAACACAAAGAAAUUGAACACGUUCACACACGUGGAGGAAGGAAAAACUGUGGAGAGGCUCUGACGUCACUCUCCGUGACCCUCAGUGACAACGGAACUUGGCCUUACUCCGCCAUCUUGUCGGGGCAGAUUUUCCUCUCUUGAUUACAUUUGUCGCCUUCAGCGCGCAACCACGCUGGGCUGCGCAGACGUGCGCGCGCCGUACUGAUCCGAGCAAUGGAUCGAAUCGCGGUGUACCAUCGCCGAUACCGUUGCCAAGGUCAUUUCAUGCGCUAUCGUUGAAAGGCGUUCAUCAUGAACUCCUCAAGUUAUACUGUGAGGCCAGUCUCCAGAAACUUUUGCCGCUUUUUCUUAAAAUAAAUCUGUGCAUUCUCAAUGCACUGCAAGAGAGUACAGACAGUUCCUGUCUGUAGCACAGCGGUUUCAGCCUGUGAUGGCACGUUAGCGUUAAUCCACGGAAGACAGCAAAUAUAUUCCCAGAUCCUCCUUCGUCCGAGGCGUGAUAUAUGGUGUACGGCGCGUCAGGCGCGCUCAUUUCACGCUUUUUUACUUCUUCCAGUCCUAUCUAGCCACAACAGCCGGGAGAGCAUAGUCUAGAUAACACAGCGGAACAAAACACGGAGACUAACGCAAACCUGCACACACAAAGCCUUUGACACGGUACGAGACCUACGGGGCAGUACACGCGAGAGCACACACUACCAUAACAAAUCCUCCAUUGAGCCCCGACAACAUGACCUCUAACCUCUCCUCAGUCUUUUUCCUUCCUCCAUGUUUACACGGUACUGGCACGGUACUAGAAAGCCCGGUGUAUCCGUGUUUCUCUCGUCUGUUUAAUUUAACUGAAGUUUUCAGGCAUGUAUGAAAUAACAAUCGCACUUAUUACACCGUGAUUCACUGCCACACCACUGAUUGUGGUCGACCAGUAUGCGUCGGAUUCGGCAACUUGUUCUGGUCGUAAAGUGAACCGGGAAACACGGAUCCAUGGUUUAUGUGCAACGUGUGUCUAUCACGGACAUUGUAGCGCCUCAGUAGCCAUUGAUACAGCUGACACCAUCUGUCGCACCAAAGAAGUGUUCCGGCUUGACUUUCUGAAUGAUAUACAGGUAUGUCGCCUCGUUCUACAUAGUACAAUGGAAGCAAAGAACAAAGUACGUUAUGGGAUCCUCGAGAUCUAUUGCUGCUUACGGAUGCAUUUCUGAUCUGGGGACAUGAUUGUCCUGGUGGUUUUAGGAUGCGGCGUUUGUUGGACGUUGUCGCGAUCUCAUCUCUUACCAAGCGACAGGGCAUACGCCAGUCUUAGCUCAUCUACUGUAAGCGCGUCACACGUGCUGAUGGUAAAGUGUUCAUUAACCAUUCAAAAAUGUGAGCUAUAUGAAGGUUUGCGUGGCAAAGAAUGCAACUCAGAAAGAGGAUAAGCAAGAGCCCCUCUCCUCCAAAGUCUUUCCCUGUGAAGUUACGUUGAGCUUCAUCCCAGCAAAGUGUAUAUGUAUAACAAAAAUGGCUAUAUACAUGCAGGGGAUGAGGGGAGUGCCUGCAUGCAAGAGAAUUUGUGAAUGCAUGUACUCGUUAAACGUGACAUGUGCGAUGUUCUAUCUUCAGAAGAAUGGAGAAUAUAACGUGUGAGUAUCAGUUGCACUAUACUAUGCAGGCGCUAGCAUGAAACGUUGCACACAUCCACGUUUUCCGAAUAUUACAAUUGUACACUUCAUGCCGUGUGAUUGCCUUUAGCGGCACUAAGUGGGGCGCAUGCUCGUCAUGUUUAUUAAUCAAAGUCAAAGGAAGGGCACAUAGUCUGUGACGUUGCGGCCAUCUCAGAGCAGAAGGCGACAGAAAUCGACGUCGAUGUGUAGGGCGAGCGCCCCGCAAUCUAUAACCACGAGGCGGCGGCUUUCGAACGGUAAAAAAAAAUGAAAAUUUUCAACAGCUAUUUUGACUGCUCAUCCGCGCGAGUCGUUGAGAUAAAGUUACGCGAUCUUUAGCGUCACGGCUUUGCUGUUACUUCUGUGCGUCAUAACUGCCACAAAUUGUCAUGCACCCUAGUUUAGCUUCGCGCUAUUUUCGAGUGGAUGGCAAUUUUUCCCUUUCAUGAACUUUCCUCCACCUUGCGGGAUUCCGCAGAACUGAUUUGACAAAGACACAAAUCUUUACUCGUCGCAAGUAACUUUAGCAGGCCAAUUUCGAACGACCUUUCUAAACUUCCUGGCUAGCUUGGUUUCAGGUUGGCUGCAACGACCCCAGAGCAGAGAAUUUGAGGUGAAGCAACUAUAGCAAUAAUUUGAUAGCUGACCAGGCAUGUCGCUGUUAUGAAGAGUUAGGCUGUACAAAAUAUACAGUUCAUAUCAGAUAUGCGAAAAGAAAUUCACUAUACCUUCACAUGUCACGGGGAACUUAGCAAGCAAAGCGGCUGUCAUAUAUCCGACAUUCUUCUCUAUCCCGUCAGCAACCGUGAAGAAUGUCACAGAGUCAAUCUGUAAAAGAUUCACCAUGGAAAAAAAAUAUUAAAGACGUAUGUAGGGAAGGGAUUCGUGUGUUGGUCGUCAGCUUGAAGGAGAGUCGUUCAGAUUUAAUUAACUCAGUUAGGACAAUGGCGUCACAGUUAUAAUUGCUCGUAUACGGAGGUGAGUGCGCGCUGCGAAGCUGGCUUACUGUCACGAACUCUUCGCCUCCUCACAGAGAGAUUAUUUUUAAAAAGCCGGGACAUGCGCAAAUUGUAAUAACGAAUUUUACAACGUUCAAAUUCGAGGAGCAAUGGUUGUGCCAACGGCACCCGUACUUUCUCUAUAGUCCUUCUUUUUUUUAAUGCCCAGAAACCACCUUCAUUUUCGCUGUUGCCCACGUUCACCUCGCGACCCUUCUAUAUCUUCGGAAGAGGCUACAGGCUUGAGGUCUGCAGUGAGUUUGGCACCCAGCCAGACUUUAAGAGAAGGGCGGCAUGGAAGGCAAAAUCAUUGUCCUUAAAGUAGUGUGUUACCGUUUGACGCCAAGAUAACGUCAAGAAUCGCGGGUUUCCUACAAACGAGAAUUGAUAGGUGUUGCCUGCCGUGAAACUUGAUUGCCCCGUCCCGUCUGUGAAAGGAAGAGAGAGAGAGAGAGAGAGAGAGAGCAGAAACAAGCACUACAGGCAAAAGCCAUAGCUGCCGAUUCGGCACGUCAUAAAGCUGCAGCGUUCUGCACUAUCUACUCGAAAAAGAUAUUGUUGCUGGCUGCGGCUAGCUACGCGCUCCGUUAUGACUUGCUAAAGCUUUGAAAAGUCCAUGGUUUCGCUCGACGAAUUCAUCUCGUAACAGGCGCGCAGCCCAUGGGGCUUUCAUAAACCGUCUGCCAGAAAAGGAGAAAAAACGUUGCACGUGAGUGAACAGUCAGUAUUUUCCCCACAUGUGGCCCCGAUACGUUCAAGAAACUGCAUUCUUUGCAGAUUUUAGGCCCUGUCGACAAUGUCAGCUAGACGAGCGAGGCCAGCAUUAGAGGCAGUGAGGCCUUUGUUUCUUAAUGCUCUGUUUAUUUUUUAUCUUUUUUCACAAUGAAGCUGUUCUUGCGAAUAGAUACGGUGUACGGCGUCCUAUUAAAUUAAAUCCUGGGGUUUUACGUGCCAACACUGUGAUCUAAUUAUGAGGCGCGCCGUAGUCGGAGACUGCUUAUUAAUUUUGACCAUCUGUGGGUUCUUUAACGCGCACCGAAUGCACGGUGCGUUCCGCCCCCAUUGAAAUGCGGCCGCCGCACACUUCCGAUCCAAACGUGCGUGUAAAAUGCCGAUAAAAAUUAAUUCAGAACAAGUAAUAGAGAUAGCUCAAUCCAAUAAAAGUUAGAGGGAAUAUUGGCCAUGUCACUGGUAAUGGAUGCGUCGGCGAAGUUAAAACAGCGUGAGAUAAUUAAGGAAUUUGUGGUGAAUUUUACCAAAUGUUCGUUCAGCACACUUUGAAGCUCUCAACAGUGCGGUGUUUCAGAACGAUCGGGUACAUCGAGAUGAAAGUUGCUAGCGGUAAAACGUCCGUUAGGGAUAAAUGUACUGGAGAAAUUUCAAAGUUUGUAUUAUAAGGGACGCACUAGCAAAUUAUAUAAGUUGCGCUAGUUGGAGUUCACCCGCCGUGGUUACUUUAUAGCUAUGGUGUUGGGCUGCUAAGCACGAAGUCGCGGGAUCGAAUCCCGGCCAUGGCGGCCGCAUUUCGAUGGGGUCGAGAACACCCGUGUACUUAGAUUUAGGUGCAAGUUAAAGAACCCCAGGUGGUCGAAACUUCCGGAGUCCCCCACUACGGCGUGCCUCAUAAUCAGAAAGUGGUUCUGGCACGUAAAACACGAUAAUUUUUUUUUUAGUCGGGGUUCUCGUUAGUUGCCGGGGGACUAAAACAUUUGCCAGUCACUGUAUUAAAACAAACCAGUCACUGUAUUAAUUGACGUCCAUACUCCGCCUACGUUAUCAGUGACUAUGAACGGUGAGUGAUAAGAAAGGAAUUGAAUCGAGCGAAAUGAACCCUGUAAUGUAAGGAUUUCUUUCGCUCGAUUCUGUUUCUUUCCUAUCAUUCACCGUUCGCUAUCGGUCCGUACGUCCCGGCGAUAACGCAGACGGAGCGCCACUCCGACCACUAACGAAGCUCGAAAAGACAAUGAAUUGGAAUAGCAUCUAACGUACUAAAAGAGAAAAAAAAGCAGUAGAUGUUUGAAAAGGGAUUCCGAGAGCACCACAACUUCGAACUCUUGUUCUGAAUCAGCUCUUCUUGCUUCAAUAACGUAAAAGAGGAGGAAGAAGAAAGAAAGGGAGAAGGCAGGGAUGUUAACCAGGAGGGCAUCUGGUUGGCUGCCCUACGCUGGGGGACGUAUAAAAAGAAAUAACGCGGCUUACGUGCAGCGAACACUGAAAGUUAGAAACGACCGUGUCGCGUCGUUACGCCAUAACAAAAAGGACUUUGUCGGCAUUGUGACCUGUUUGUGUUUCAAGUGCAAAAUUGUAGGCUAUAUUUCAACGGUGUGGCCUAAAUAUGAGAAUGAAUCGUUGGUCGUGUUAACACGUGGCGUGCGAUUCAAAUACGUUAAUCGCAAGUGGUUGUAAAAAUAUAUUACACAUUCCGCUAUGUUUAUUCGCUCGGAUAUACGCGUAACAUGUUCAUUUGAAAAGGGCGCAUACUUACAGCAGACUGAAAAAUACCUGCAGUGUUUGUAAGGGCAUGAAUGGAACUGUUCGGAUGGCUGCCGACAAGGGCUUCACUAUUCGACUUCUGUUUUCCGUCAAAACUUUUCCGGUGCAUACUGUCUUGCAUGGUAGCAUGCCCCAUUCCCCGUGUAUGUUGCUUUCGACUUAUUGAUACGUUGGUACCAUCUGAGAAAGAAAGCACUUGGCUAAUGCGUUAUAUUUCGGCGUUUUAAUGCGGGGGGUGGUCGUCAAAAGACGCCGUAGACACAUUCCUACUUCGUGAAUACUGAAAGCAAACCUUCCCGCAGCGAUGGGUAUAUAUUUAUCAAAGCGUGAGUGUUUUCCUUCUGCCAAGAGAGGGAUCAGAAAUCCUGAACCUGCUUCUCAGGCCAAAUUUGACUAAGGAAAAAAAAGUAUCUGAGUGUUCAUGUGCAAGCGCAUUUUAACAAGGUACGCCGUGUACCGGCUUGCGGUUGACACUGGCUGGCUACUUAAUCGCUGUUACUUUCCCCACCCGCUCACUAGAGUUAUGCUGACUAUAAUAUCAAACAGGCAAAAGCGACGUCAACAUUCCCGGUGAAUGUAAGACUUAUUUUCUAGCGCACGCGCGCCGUUGUGUGAUGCGAAGUGCAUUGAAAUGUCUUGGGCUUUUGUUAGGUUCUGCCCUCAAAAUACUGUAGUAAACGAAUUAUAUUGUGGUCCACAGUUGUGAACAAUAAAAAACCACUAUACAGGGCCAUAUUUGGUAUUUUUCAACGUGAUUUCUGCCUGUGGUUCAAAAAGUUAUGCUGCGGCGGCUUCAUUAAGGACGAACCACAAUGUGUCACGAGGCAGCACGUUGUCCCACCCUCAAGCUUGUAUCAAAGAAAUAGAAGUAUUGUUGCAUGAAGGAAAGCUCGUCGCGGUGUAUUUCAUGGAUGCAUUUAAGUAGUUACUCCAAAGGGUGUCAUUUUUGUCAAAACCAAACUGAAGCGAAGCUAUAGCCGUUUCAUCAUACGUUCAUAGAAUUUACGGACCCAUAUGCGCAUAUUUCCUCCAUCUUUAAUUUUUUUCAAUGUCCAGAAGCCCACGGAAGAAUAAAGAAGGCCAGAAUGUGUUGCUGUGACUGCUCUCUUACUCUUAUUCCUUUAGGUGUAAUCAAGCUAAGCAUUUUGGUUUACUCUAUCGAAUUGUAUAAUUUUAGGCAGACGGCAGCAUAUGCCUCCGGCUUGUGGCAGCAUUGUGGUCUGUCGAAAGCCUGCCUGAAGCAUGACCUGGCUGGUUAAGUACAGCAACUAUGAGAUAAAACUGUUGGUAAUGUGGGAUUGCUUGUUAGCGUAGAUUGCGAGAGCGCCUAACUCGCGCAGGAGCAUGUGUAACUGUCUCGUUUGCGAUGUCAAGAUAAAGUUUGGUCUCGUUAGCUUUUUUUCCAUUUUUGAAAAAGUUUCAAAAGUACGUUGAAAAUUUGUUUUUGCGCUGAUAAAAUUGAAUCCUGUUAACAUUGCUUUUAUUUAUAUUUCAUGCCUUUCCAGUGUACAGGAUACAUUUAUUCAUGCAAAAAUGUGGCGAAAAAGGUUUUCCUGUGACGUUGCCAUUGUUUUCUCUUGGUCAGGCUAGUGAGAAUGCCCUUAAAACUUCAAACGUCUUCCUUUUUAUUUCCUGUCCCUGCUAGUGACCUCAUCUUUUAUCAAAUUUUUCUUGUUAAACAACUUUUUCAUCGCUCCUUACCCGACACAUUAUUUUAUUCAGUUUUCAGUCGAUUCUACACGACGUUCGCUGGAGCGCAACCAGUGAGUGUUUCAUGUACGCAUAGAUAUGUCGCCAUGCUGUCCAUGACUGUUACUGUACAUAGGCCUGAACAUAUGUCCGGUCACCGUCGUCCAAGCGCUGUGACCGAUCGCUGUUUUUUGGUGGAAGGAUAAAGAAGAGCUACGCCUUCAGAGUAUACUCGCCUGUAAAUAUGUCUCUUGCACAAGCAUAAACCUUCACCACGGACACUUACGGAGCUGCCGCGUGGAGGCGCCUAUUGUAGUGACUGUGUGCGUCUGCUCUCCGACCCUUCGUUGACCUGUUGGUGCAAGUGUCAGUGUAUGGUGACACACAGCGGAUGCGAAGACGCUCUGCGCGCAGAGGAGCGACUGUUUGCCCCGCCCUGUUCGGCUUAUAUUUUUUUCUAGUCACUUUGCCGGUUUUUACAGCACAAAGUGUUGUCAUCUGGAUUCGCCCCGUGACUCAUGUAUUCUUUGAGCCAUUGACCAUUAAAAUCAAGGACGCC